GCCGAGCCCCCCUUAGUUGUAACCCAAAGGGCGCAGUGAGUAGUGAGGCGCGUUCGAGCACACUCCUAAUAACGUCGUAGAGUAAACAAAAAAACAUUUCAUAACGCGAAUUAUAAACAAAUAAGUCGUGGUUAAAUUUAAACGUUAGCGUAUGUAUCUACGUAACCUUCGGUUCUGCAUUAAACUUAUCUGAGUGUACAGUGAAAAUGAAGUUGCAUAAAACGGUCCGCCUCUUCGCUGAUAAACACUUGGAGAAUAUCGGAACGGUGUUUCAGACAUUGUAUAAAGACGAAGUGCUAACAGACUGUACUCUGUAUUGUAAAGAUGGAUCGAUUAAGGCUCACAAAGUGAUUUUGGCAGCGAGUAGCCGGUAUUUCAAAAACGUUUUUGUGGACCACAAGGACGACAAUGCUAUUUUUAUGUACGGUAUCACGCUUAUUCAGCUCAAGAACCUGGUCGAAUUGAUUUACAAAGGUAGCAUUGACGUUUCCUGCGAUAGCUUCAAUUCGAUAUUCGAUUUGGCCGAGGAUUUGCAAGUAACAGGAGUACUUGUAGAGGAUGGCACAAAUAUCAACCACAAUGGAUUCGGAAGAGACACAAGAUUCAAAGGGCAGAAAAGGGUGGCAGUUGAUUUCCUCUCAGAGGAGCAGACUUCUUCAAAAUGUUUCAAAGAUGCGGAGAGGCGAAACAGUUCCAGCUCUGAUAAAUCAUCUUCUGUGGUCCACAAAAAAGAUUAUGAGAAUGAUACAGAUAAUGACGGACACACCAUCGAUGAUGCACCUUCAGAAACCAUCGAUAUCGACAGCAUCAACGAAGGUGACAAGUUUGUUGGACACAACCUGGAUGACACAAGCAGUCUGAGUAGCUGGGCAAGAAAAGAGAGAAAAUUCAAAUGCGAUUUAUGUCCAAGCAGUUUCAAGCGAGCAUCUCACCUCAGCAGACAUCAACUGGUACACACAGGAGAAAGGCCUUUUUCUUGUGAGCAGUGUGAUAAGGCAUUUUCAAGGCACGACAAACUCAAACAUCACGUACAUAAAGCUCACGAACUAGGAGCUUUGAAUGAUGCCUUGGGUCCAGAUUCUUUAUAUACAAUUGAUCGUGUUGAUAUUUUAACACCCGAAACAAGCAUAGUCGAGUCCCAUACCUCUGUCAUGACUGAGCGUGAAGUAACUGAUACAAUCGUCACUCAACAUCAUAACAUGGCCCCAUCUACAAGUUUAGGCAUAUCAGAUAUUCCCCAGAAGAAAGGCCGAGGAAGACCAAGAAAAUAUCCACCAGUCCCAGUCCCACUAGUUAAACGCCCAAGAGGUAGGCCAAGGAUCAAUCCCAUUGUUGCACCUCCAUUGGUCAAACGUCCAAGAGGUCGACCAAGGCGACUCAAUCCAAUUAAAAUUGAUGAUGACGAUUGCUUUACCGCUCCCAGUGAUAGCAUGGAUUUCAUGUCCAAAUCUGAUGAUGCUGACCAUGAUAUUAUACACAACCAGCAACUGAUGGAGCCACUUGUCGAAAUUAAAACGGAAAUACCAGAAAAACCUCCCGUCAAACCGGAUGUAAGCGACACUAGUAACUUCUUCGAGAACAUAGGGUUAUUCGAAAACACAUCUGCCAUCGCCAAAAUAGGAGAAUGUACAAUUUCGGUGGCAACAACCAGCGGCACCGGAUGCCCAAAGUGAGAGUGAAAUCGCAAUUAUUUUAUAUUGAAAGAAAAUAAUCUUUGUUUUAUUGAAUGUGAUCGUUAUUUCUAGAAUUGAAAUAUUGACACAGCAUUUUUUGAAUACAUUUUUGUUGGUGAUUAGCUAUUUACAUUUGAUAUGUAAGUUGGGCAUGUUCAAUCGGUAUAUUUUUCUCACCUUAUUAGCGAUAUCAGUAUUGUUUAAAAUUUAAAAUAUUUGUAGGUUAGUGGAGGUAGCACGACAUUCAUCUCUACACAAUUUAAAAUAAAUCGUGACUGUAAAUAUUUUCAGAUUUUCAAAUAUAUAAUAAAGUAACUAUUUUAAGACA